AUGGGCCGCGGUCUCCACAACGGCACCGUCACCUUUCACGAGUAUUUCGCGCCCGCUGCCCUAACAACCAACCACCAGCACAGCAUAACCCUCCUUGAUACCCCCCACAAUGCCGCCACGAUCCCGGGCGACGGUAACACCCCCGUGACAUUCAUAUACACCUUUGACGUGGCGUGCUACAUCGUCACUGCCCUGGAUAUACCCGCUGCUUGGACCGCAGACCACGAGCUUCGCAUCGUCUGCGACGGGUUCACCAUUUGCCCAACUCGUCGCGCUCGCGGAAGAGGUCAAAGGCGUCAAGUGUGA